AUGUUUUUUGACAACAGUAAAUGUUUUGGACAAUCUUUAGCUUUUGCUGCAACAAUUUGCUUCUGGUUAACAUUGUUAACUAAUCACCAGGUUCAUGGUAACAUCGGUGUUAAACCUUCUGCAGCCAAUUUAACCGCUAGUAAUGUACCUUAUCCAUAUUAUGACUAUGAACGGGAUCCUCGACAAUGGUUCAGUCAAGGUUAUGGAUCAUAUGGAACCACUUUCGCUCCUUUCAACGGUGGAAUUGAAACAUUGGUGGUGGGUUUCAUGAUCUCUCUUGCAAUUGGUUUUAUUGGAUUGCCCUUGAUGAUCCUUCUUUACUCCAUGUUCUUGGGUAACACUGGAAGUGGAUUCAGUUUGGUUCCUCCAUCAGCUGCUACCACCACGAUCAAUGGUCGUAAACGUCGAGAGGCAAAUGUUAUUGAAGCUCUAUUACCCCAAUUGGAUUCUGUGAACAAUGAGAAAUUGAUUGAUAUAUUUAAAAAGUUAACAGCUCAACCUGAUCAAAUGAAUUAUCUGAUGAAGUUUUUCAAGAAUAACAAAGAGCAACAAAAAUAGAAAAUAAUUCACACCAGAGAAGAAAAUGUGAAUAAUUAAAUCAGAAGAUUCAAUUAAAUUGUGAAAAUUCACCUGAUCGAGCUUAAGAAACCUUUUUUACUUACUGGUAAAUGUAAUGUUUUUAUAUGUAUCACAAUCACAUCUCACCUUUUUGGUUUGAGAUCCAUAACCAAACAAAAAUAGUAGACCAUCAAAUAUUCUGUGUUCUAAACGAGAAUAAAACAAUUCAUCAAUUAUACUGAUUCAAUUGAUAAUUUAACAUAA